CUAUACCCGCCUCCCUUGAGUCUGAUUUAUUUCUGUGAAAAUGGAUAGCAACGAGCUCGGAGAUUCAUAUGCGAACAGUGGUGGUUGGCAAGGUUACGAAGGCUACAACUACUACAACGCCCAGGGCGGCAGUGGCAACGGAGGGUCUUCGACAGACCCGUAUGUGUACGGAAGUUCAUGGGAAGCACCCAAGUUGGGCCCAAGCCCCAGCACAGCCAUGAGCGGAGAAGAAGGUAGGCCGGGUGGGAGUGGAACGCAGACGGACAAUCCGGACUCCAUCAUCGCCAAGAUCAACCAACGCUUGGAUCUGAUGUCCAAGGAAUCAGGAGACAAGGACAAUCAAGAAAGGUUUGAGUCCUUCCAGUCUUAUGUGUUCCCAACUGACAAAGAGCAGCAGUUCAGCUCCCCCUUCCAGUAUGGAGAGGAGGGCAGUGGCGCUAACGAGGGGGCAGGGGGUUCAGGUGCAUCAUCUGGUGUGAUGCCAUCUUCUGAAGGAAGUUCCCCUCACGGCCGUGGCCGUGCUGGUGGUGGAGUAGGGGGGAGGGAACCUGGGGCCUCAGGGGGCAACCGUGGCAGGGGUGGGGGAAUCAGAGAUUUCAGAGGGGGGUCAAGGGGUGGACACCACCAGCAAAACCGGCCCCAGAACCGGCGUGGAGGGUUUAACCACAGAGAGGGUUUGCCUCCACCCCACCAUCAGCACCCCCACCAACAUUCCCACUUCUCCCAGCCCCCAGGCCCGUACGGGCGUUUCACAAUGCCUCCAAAUCCCCACAUGCAUUCGCCCUCCUCGUCCGAGCGACUUUCGGCACGGUGGAACGAACUCAACUACAUGGGGCCCCGCGGGUGUGGACCAGGUGGAGCCCGUGGGGGCAGGGGUCGGCUCCCAUCGCUUUUUCCACCUUCGCAGCCCCCAUACCAAGAUUAUCCUGAUUCUCAUGGGCCUCCCUUUCCACCUCACUAUCCUCCUUCCCAUGGCAUGAUGGGAGGCUUCUAUCCACCUCCUGGUCCUUUUGGAGCACCCAGAGGAGGCGGAGCCUGGCAGUGGAACGGGAAGAAUUGGCCACGCGGGGAUAGAGAUGGCAGGAGGCCACAUGGGGGACCUGUUCCCAGAAGCUUGGAAGGGAGGAAGAGGCGCUACUCUCAGACCUUGGAUGACACCGACGCUCACCGUCCUGGGGCGGACUCUGAAGGCGAUGGCAAUGACUCGGACCAGAAUCCAUACUCCCAAAAUGAUGAGGACGAAACUCAACCAACAGAGGAGGGUGUUGGGGAGGAGAUGGAGAAGAGUAAGACAGGAAGCAAAGAACAUGAUGAUGAUGAGACGAAGAGGAAGAAGGAGCGUAAAAAAGAGAGACAAUUGAAGGACCACAGACUGCGCUUUGUUUGCUCAGUGUGCAAAUUUAGAACUGUGGAGGAGAAGGAAAUCAAGAGCCACCUGGAAGGACGUUUCCACAAAGAAAUCUUCAGCUUUGUGGCUACCAAGAUUCCAGAGAUCCAAGUGAAGUUUCUGCAGGAUCUAGCAGUGCAGCGCUACAAGAAGAUUAUGAAAAGGAGGCAGGAGAUGGUAGACAAGGAUGAGGCUUUUGAAAAGUCUGACCCUUUUGUUGGAGCUGGCCGGGAUGAGUUCUGCAAGCGCAUUGAGGCAGCUCAUUGCAUGGCCUGCGACAUGAUCAUCCCUGCACAGCACAGCUUGCUGCAGAGACAUGUCAGCUCUGAGGAGCACCAGAGAAACCGAGAGGCUAUCACAGAGCAAUUUAAGAUGACCAGUGUCCCAAUAGCUAAGAGCAUUCUCAAGGGCAGCAACAUUAGGAAGAUGCUGGAUAAGUACAUAAAGGGAGAGGACCCCUUCACAGUGGAUGAGGGUGAACCAAAAACAGAUCAGGAUGCCACUGCAACCACCACAGGAGCAAGCGAGGGUUUGGAGGAGAAAGGAGAGGAGGUGGGGGGAGUUGAGCCUGGAAUUGGACUUGAGCAGGGCACUGUGACCCUUCAGGAGGGGACUGAAGGUGAUGGCAACAUGGAGGAAGUACAGGGGGAGGUGGAGGAGGAGGAAGAGGAAAAGGGGGCUUUAGGGGAUUCAGAGAAGUUGUUAGAAGAGGACCUGAAUGAGGAAGAUGAGAACCCAAUGGCAUAACUAAGGAGAAAAUAUUCUCUUUGCUCUAAUAGCUUUUGAAGAAUCAAAACUUUUUUUUUCUUAACUGAAACCUACAUUGUUAGUCUUUUUUCAUACAGUUGUUUCUGAUUAUUUGAAAAAAAUUGCCCUUUACCAUUUCUGAGCUGUUUAACAUCUGUCAGACACUUCAGUCAAGGGUGUUGAUUCUUUGUCUGGUGUAUUGAUUUUUGUGUUCAUGGUAAUACUCAUUUAAUGAUUCUUUAUCCUGCUGCCAGUAGUUUAAAGUACUAUUUUUCUUUGGUAUGGGAUGCAGUACAUCUUUGGAAACAUGUUGUUACUCGUAUUUUUCACUUCUCCAUUUUCUGCAGUGUUUCCAACCAUUGUGAGAAAUUAACAGCAAAAGUUAAAUAUUUCUAAAAUCACACCUGGAAAAUGGCAUAGUUCUGACUUUUCUCCUUGUGUGGUGUUCAACUUGUGUAAAAAUGCCUGAGUCAAACUUCUGAAUAGUAUGCAAUUGGGAUGAAGAAGUUUUGUACUUGGAGAAAUACUUGUUCUUUCCACUUCAGUUUAUACCAAAACUGUUGCAGUAAGAAGUAUUAAUGUUUUGUAAAUAUGAAAUACUGUGACUUAGUUCAGUUUUAAUGUCUAGACAAAAUAUUUCCACUUAACCGUAAGACUUUUAGCCUCCUGCUCUGUACGCAACUCCUAAGUUAUUGAUGUGGAGGAAAUAUGCUUCAUUUUUCAAUGUAUUUGUUUACAGAGGAACCAAACAAAGGCCCUGCAUGAAUGGUUAAACCAUGUCAAAACUAGAGAAAAUGGUUCUUUGUGAAACAAAGCAAUUCAGUGUACAAAGGUUGCGACUGAAACAAGCUACAUUCGAACACCUGUGAGCAGUGAAUUCACAACAGAAGUACUAAUGACAAGAAGAUACUGAUUUUGGCAAGUAUUUUGGGAGAUUGAUAUAGCUGGUGUUAGGGCACGUCAUUCAGGGGAAUUAUCUCUUUCCUGUUAGAGUUCACACGGGGCAAAGUCACACUGAGAUUGUGUGACUUUAAAUUUUAUGCGAAGUCAUGAUCAGAGUUGGUUUUUUUUUUUUUUUUUUUU